AUGAACCUCCUCAUCAUCACCAUCUUCAUCACCACCCUCGUUUUCGUCUCGGCCCUUCCCCUCGACUACAGGAUACAUGUGCACGGCCGCUCCGACUCGGGCUCCUCCGGCUCCUCCGGCUCCUCCGGGACGGCACUAGUCGAGAACCGGGGGAACGAGAGCGCGCGACCGACCGAUUGGAAGAAUACAUGGGAGUCUGGGGACUGGGACGACGGCCCGCUCAGCGAUUACCCGCCGUGGGAGGGAGUUCCUUUUACCUUUGAGGGGGAUUGGGAGAGUCCGAAGGGUACGCGGGCGCAAAUCGCGCUGCUCGAUUACAUGAUUGGCGUGGCGGAGCGAUUGGAUCUGAAAGACCUCGUGCAGAUCUGGAACGGCGAGGUUCGGCGCCUCAAUACUAGACUCGCCGAGCUGGACGUCAAGCCUGAGGUGGUAGAGCAUGGGGACUCUGGACGUUGA